AAAUUUCGGCGGUUCGAGACUCGCUGCAAAAGCUUCAUAGAGCUGAUUUCAUUCCCGAAAGACGCAUAAUCCGUCAAUCGAGCACUGAGUUUGCUUGGAUACACAAUGCUUCAUCAGGCUCCAUCGAUAUACCAGUCGCCAAAAUGCUUCGCCACGUACGGGAUGAUGGGACACGUCGAUCCCAAGCAGAUUCCAAGUAAAGGAAAGCCUUGGACGGCCAUAUCGGAUCUUGACUUUAUUCACAAGGUUGACUUGAUCAUUCCUCAAGAUGUAUAUGAGGCUGUUGUCCAGAAGAUGACCGAGCGUGAUUCACCGGCAUAUUACAGAGUCGUCAUGACAUUGAGCCAAGUGCUGGAAACCAAAUUUCUUACCCAGUAUAUCAAGUUAGGAAACAUUAUGAUGCUCUCAGAAGGCAAAACAACCAUUGGAAAUCUAUUCACUCUUCGAGAGGGAAAGCUGGACCUCUAUCUCGAUAGAGAGACGUAUGAACGCGCCGGACUCGAAGGAAAGCCCUACGGCAUCAAAGGUGAUCGGGGCUCGAAGCCCAGGUGGAAAGUAUCCUACAACCUGAGGGAAGAAUCAAUGCUGCAUGGGAGGAAAAAGUUUGAUAGGCUGGCAUACGCUUGUAAAAAUGUAUUGAACCAGCCCAUGACAUGGCUCAUCUGCAAUGCCUCGACCUCUGCUAUGAGUGUAGAUUUGCUGCAGAGUCUCAACGCGGCAGAAAUGACAUCUUCGCCAAGGCUAUCUACAGACACCGGAAUCUACCAGAUACCCCUCAGGAUACCUUCCACAAUCCUCGCACAAGGAGACCGCGAGGCUCUUGAAUAUUCUGCGACAGAGUUGUACGAGUGGCUAUCACUGGUCCGACUCGAAAGCCCUCGUGUUGUAGCGGGGGACACCAUUGACCCUUACCUCUCGCGAUACGCGCUACCAGAAGCAGACAGCACCGUGGCCCAAGUGCAGGUCUGCAAGCUGAGUUGGCAGGGAUUCCUAUCCUCGAGCUGGUUACGGAGCCUCUUCGUUGACAUAGUCACCACCUGUCCCUCGCAAUCUUGGUUCGCGCUUAGCGGCACAACCUUCUCUAGCAGUAUUCUUGGCGGAUGCAGCGAGCUGAGUUUUCUUCGGCCGCCGGAGAGCUCGGGAGAAUUUCUCAUGUGGGAGACCAAAAGUCAAGACUGA